AUGGAACUAAGUUCACCACUAAGAAGAACUACUACAUCGCCAAUAGACAUACCAGGGGCCAGCAGGCAUGAUCCGGUAAUCGAACCGCAUUCUCAUGGCUUCAGGACUGACCCAUAUUCAAGCAACAAUAGUAGUCUGAUAUCUAAAGCGUCUACUAAUCCAAGUUUGGAGAGCCCCUUCUCUUCGAAGUCUCUGCUAGAUUGCCCCCCUGUACAAGCGGUUAAGAAAUCUUUAGAGGCAGAAACGAAUAAGCAGGACUUAAACGAUGAGACAAAUGGUGAAAGCUCUGAAAAUGUCUUGAACAUAGUAGAUUUUCCCACAGAUGAACUCAUAAUAAUGGUAAGUGCACUAUUAAACAAGAUCAUAACUGUUAACGAUGCAACUACAGAUAUCUCACAACAAGUACCAGGAGAUACUGAAGAAAAGUUUUUAACCCCCAUCCUAGCCUUUUAUGGGAAGAACGUUCCAGAAAUUGAUGUAGUCCAAUAUUUAGAGAGAAUCCAAAAGUAUUGUCCCACCACAAAUGAUAUAUUUCUUUCCCUACUUGUAUAUUUCGAUAGAAUCUCCAAAAAUUAUGGACACUCCCCUGAGGAAAAUGGCCAUUCGAAGCAAUUGUUUGUUAUGGACUCUGGGAAUAUUCAUAGAUUACUCAUUACAGGCAUCACAAUUUGUACGAAAUUCCUAAGUGAUUUUUUUUAUAGCAACUCCCGGUAUGCCAAGGUAGGAGGCAUUUCUUUGCAAGAGUUGAACCAUUUGGAAUUACAAUUUCUGGUAUUAUGCGAUUUCAAGCUUUUGGUCUCAGUAGAAGAAAUGCAAAAAUAUGCAAAUUUGUUGUAUAAGUUCUGGAAUGACCGAUAG